UUGUGACGUAACACUCAACAGCUGUUGUGUGGAGAGGGCCUGGAACAGGAGGACUAUUUCCUUUCAAGAAUUACUUAAACCUUACGAGAUGCGAGUUCCUGGAGCCCUGUUCGCCGCCCGUGGCCGGGCGCCGCAAAGCGAGACAGAUGUGCCAUUCCAGGAGAUCCUGCCACUCCGCCUCAAGAACACAGUGAGCGGCAAGGCCGAUUCCGGCUCGGAUGUGGCCUGCCUGCAGGAGAUGGGUCAACUUUUCGCCUGCCUGAAGGACAACGAGUUCACGGAGAAGUACUGUAGCAAGGAGAUAAACCAAUUCCAGAAAUGCUUCAAGUGCUACAUGGACCGCAAGUUUGAGGCGAAAAAGACGGUGAACCAGGGCAUCGUCCAGCCAGGAAGCAACCUGAACUACAAGCAACUCAACAAGUACAUGAGGCGUUAUCCCAAUCCGGUUUAACUUAGUUAAUAGCAUUUAAAAUUUCCAUAAUACAAUACCUAUUACCGGA